AUGUCAUUGUCAGGUCAGGUCGUGGGAGGGAAAGACUCCAAGAAGCCUCCCCAAGCCCUUGAGCCUUAUGUCUUGGCCCCCUUUGCCCCCCUUCCGGCGCGUCGGCCUCUCUAUCCCCAUCCGGACCUGCAUCUCCUUCGACUCCCCUGCAAACGGUCAAAAGUAAUGCCCACGCCUCCACAACCAAAAGAGGCGAGAUGCCAAUGUCGGAAAGGGGAAAAAAGAAAAAAUAAGGGAUGCAAAGUCACGCAGACGUUAAAAAAGGGGUUAUGCAUUCAGUAG